GCUGCCCGCCGCCCCCGCCAUGGGCCUGGAGCUCUACCUGGACCUGCUGUCCCAGCCCUGCCGCGCCGUCUACAUCUUCGCCAAGAAGAACGGCAUCCCCUUCGAGCUGCGCACCGUGGAGCUGCUCAAAGGCCAGCAUCACAGCGAUGCCUUUGUCCAGGUGAACCCCCUGAGAAAGGUGCCAGCCUUGAAGGACGGGGACUUCACCUUGACUGAGAGUGUGGCCAUCCUGCUGUAUCUGAGCCGAAAGUACAAGGCCCCUGACCACUGGUACCCCCAGGACCUGCAGGCCCGCGCCCGCGUGGAUGAGUACCUGGCGUGGCAGCACACAGCUCUGCGGAGUAGCUGCCUCCGGGCCACGUGGCAGAAGUUGAUGGGCCCUGUGUUACUGGGUGAACGAGUGCCCCCCGAGACGUUGGCGUCUACUCUGGCCGAGCUGGACAGGUGCCUGCAGUUGCUUGAGGACAAGUUCCUGAAGGACCAGGCCUUCCUCGCCGGGCCCCACAUCUCAGUGGCUGACUUGGUGGCCAUCACAGAGCUGAUGCAUCCCGUCAGCGCCGGCUGCCAAGUCUUUAAAAGCCGACCCAAGCUGGCCGCGUGGCGCCAGCGCGUGGAGGCCACGGUGGGGGAGGACCUCUUCCAGGAGGCCCACGCAGUCCUCAUGAAGACCAAGGACCUGCCUCCACUGGACCCGGCCGUGAAGGAGAAGCUGAGGCCCUUGGCGCAGGUUUUGUUGCAAUGAGCGGGGGCCAGGCCUGCAGAGCCAGCG